UACUGUGGCUAAAACCUGGGCAUCCCAGAAUUUCCCAAGGGCUAAGCAACCAAACCCCCCAAGAAUAGAAGAGAGAGAGAGAGAGAGAGAGAACGAGAGAAACAGAGCCACCAUCGCUCUUCUCUACAAACUCGAUCUCUUCUCUUCGUCAGAUCAUCAUCUCUGAAAAUUUUUGGAACCGCUCUCACAUUAUCAAACCCUAAUCUCUCCCCUAGAUAAUUUCUUUAUAAAAAGUUUUUUUUCUGCGGUUUGAGAAGCGAGGAUCAAAUUUUAUUCCUUUCUUACCCCUCGCCUGUCGAUCACCUCGUCGACACAGACAAACCCUAAUCAUUUUUUGUUAUUUAUUUUUGUUCGUUGAUGGCUGCCACUGCAAAUAACAUGAAUACUCACUCUCCUCGUCACUCCACUGAGAAUAUCAGCAGUCCCACGGCUCAAUCACGCCGCUCUGGGAGGACGAUCGUUUCUCCUUGGACUCAAAUCGUCCGUGGCGAAUCAGAGCCGAUUGUAGCUGUUCCUUCAUCGCCCAAUAUCCCCCAAAUCACCGUUAUAGAGGAAGCAAUCAUUGAUACACCUCCAACAGUUACAUCGGCUCCUUCGACUCCGGCUGCAGCGCUUGUCGGAGAGGAAGAUAACUCGGAUGCCAACGGAAACAAUGGCAAUGCUGGCAAGAGACCUGCAUGGAACAAGCCUUCGAAUGGAAACGAAGCCGGGCCCGUGAUGGAUGCCGUGUCGUGGCCCGCUUUGUCCGAGUCUGCCAGAGCUCCCUCCAACAAAUCUUCUUCUGAUUCCUUGAAAGGUUUAUCUGACGGAUCACCGUCCCUCCCUGUUUCACAGGUUGGAUUUUUUUCUAGUUUUUUCUAUUCAAUGGAAUUUUGUUCUGUUUGGCUGCCGAGAAACUUGCCUCCUCCUCCACCUAAUACUGCCCCGUUCAUUGCGCCCCCACCUGUUCGGCCUUUCGGUGGCCCAUUGGGGUUCCCUGAAUUGGCAUCUCCUGUGUAUUAUGUUCAACCUCCACCUCCAGAAUCGCUUAGAGGUGUGCCUUUUAUUGCACCGAUGCCGCCAGUGUUUUUUCCUGCUCCAGAUCCUCAGUUGCAUACUAGGAUAGUGAAUCAAAUAGAUUAUUAUUUCAGUAAUGACAACUUAAUUAAAGACACAUACUUGAGGCAGAACAUGGAUGACCAGGGCUGGGUUCCUAUAAAAUUGAUAGCUGGCUUCAACAAAGUUUCACAUUUGACUGAUAAUAUUCAGCUAAUUUUGGAUGCUAUGAGAAGCUCAACUGUUGUGGAAGUGCAGGGUGACAAAAUAAGGAAGCGCAAUGAUUGGAUGAGGUGGAUUAUGCCUCCCUCUGUUCAAUUUCCCAAUGCCUCAAAUCCCCAACACAUGGCAAAGUCCAGUCAUGAUAUGUUGGCAGGGCGGUUCCAAAAUAUUUCACUGGAGCGUAGAUCAUCCUCAGGCGAUUUGAGUAGCCAGUCACAUCUACCUUCUGGCGAUGGAGCAGGUCAUUUCAGUGUUCAGAUGGGUGCGGAUCGCUCUGUGUCAUCAAGAAAUUUGAAUUAGUAAUUCGAAUUCAAAUUAGAGAAAUGUGCUCUGGUGCACAUUUUCUUUGUAAGAAGAAUUUUCUUAGAAGGACGGGAACGAAAGAAGUAUUUUGACGAUAAUAAUGGGGAAUAUUUGCAUAUUUUGCAGAUAAGAUAGUGGUCUUGCCCCACCUGAUAAACCAUUAUUUUCUCUUGAGGCAAAUAGGAAAACAAUUGCAAGGAGGUAAAAAAGUGACAGCUUUCUCAAACACAAGGAAAUCUUUCUUUUUCUUCUUUUUUUUCUUUUUUAAAAAAAAUGGCAACUUUUUUAGACUUGAGCUAGCAGCACAACUUUAUUGGCAUGUAUCUAUAUGGCUAUGGUUUUGUGGGUGUGUUACCUUUUUUACCUCAUUAUUUGGUGAUGGUGGGAAAUGGUUGGUGUUUGAUGUGGGGAAUUUUGGUUUUGUUUCCCCUUUGCCUGCUGGCCCCUCAGCUAUUUUUUUUAAUCAAAUCUUUGGGGUCAAAUGGCUUUUGGCAAUUGGAGGAAGUAUAUGAAGAAGAGCAGGGUGUUAUGGACCAGUCUGGAGUCUGGGCGCGGCUGCAGUCUGCAAGUGAUGAGGAUGGCAAAUGAGAGGGGAUGACUGGCUUCUGGUGGAUGCUGCAGCAGCUCCUGCUUCAUCUGCUAAUGCUUUGUUCUUGAUCAGACAUUUUUCUUUUCAUAAAUUCUCUCUUGGAUUUUUAUCAUAUAUAUUGUUAUAUGUAAAACUAUCUUCAGACUUUUUGAAGAAUUCAUUGCAUAAAAAUGGUCGUUCCAGGACCAACAUUUGGAACU